AUGACACAACGUCAACUGCGCGAGGUCCACGACGACGAAAAACUCGACGAUAUCGAACGUGCGGCGGCCGCCUCCCAGACCGAACGUGGGUCGACGAAGACGACGACGACGACCAGCACCGACUCGCAGACCAUUCGCAGCAACCAUGACGGCGCCGACGACAUGAAUCUCGGGACCGCCAAGUCUGGUGCGCAUCCCGGCGACGCCACCGCCGCGGCUGGUGGUGACACGACCGCCGAGACAAAAGAGGCGUCCGGGGACCAUGCUCCCACCACCGUCACUGCCACUGCCGCCGCCGCCGCCGACGACGACCCGGAGGCCGGCCGCACGAAACUCGAGACCCUGCUCAUCGUGCUCUCGCUCUGCGCCGCUCUAUUCCUGGCCGCCCUUGAUGUCACCAUCAUCACCACCGCCGUGCCCACCAUCGCCGAGGAGUUCAACAGCAACAUCGGCUACAUCUGGAUCGGCAGCGCCUACCUCCUCGCCAACGCCGCCUUCGUGCCGACCUGGGGCAAGAUCUCGGAUAUCUGGGGCCGGAAGCCCGUGCUGCUGUCCGCCGUCGGCGUCUUUUGGAUCGGCUCGUUGAUCUGCGGCUUGGCCACGAGUAUGGGAAUGUUGAUCGGCGCCCGCGCAAUCCAGGGUAUCGGCGGCGGCGGCAUCAUCGUGCUCGUCAAUAUCUGCAUCAGCGACCUCUUCUCCAUGCGCCAGCGCGGCGUCUACUUCGGCGUCAUGGGCAUGGUCUGGGCCGUCGCCUCGGCCGUCGGCCCCGUUGUCGGCGGCGUCUUCACGAGCCAGGUGACGUGGCGCUGGUGCUUCUACAUCAACCUGCCCAUCUCGGGCGUCGGCAUCGUCGUGCUCUUCUUCGUCCUCAAGCUGCACAACCCGCGCACACCGGCCCUCGAGGGCCUCCGCGCCAUCGACUGGAUCGGCACCCUCACCAUCAUCGGCGGCACCCUGAUGUUCCUCUUCGGCCUCGAGUUCGGCGGCGUGAGCCACCCCUGGACCUCCCCCACCGUCGUCUGCCUCAUCGUCUUCGGCAUCGUCACAAUCGCCCUCUUCGCCGUCAACGAGGCCAGGUACGCCCGCUACCCCGUCAUCCCCAUGCACCUGUUCCGCAGCUGGUCCAACGCCGCCGCCUUCGCCACCGCCUUUUGCCACGCCUUCGCCUUCAUCUCCGGCAGCUACUGGCUGCCCCUCUACUUCCAGGGCGUCCAGGGCGUCUCGUCCCUUCUGUCGGGCGUCUACCUGCUGCCCUACGUGCUCUCCCUCUCCCUCAUGUCCGCCGUCGCCGGCGUGCUGAUCCGCAAGACGGGCAACUACCUCUACCUCAUCAUCGGCGGCAUGUUCGUCGCCACCCUCGGCUUCGGCCUCUUCUACGACCUGCCGCCCGACCGCAACUUCGUCAAGAUCGUCCUUUACCAGAUGGUCGCCGGCCUCGGCAUCGGCCCCAACUUCCAGUCCCCGCUCAUCGCCCUGCAGACCUCGGUCGAGCCGCGCGACAUCGCCGCCGCCACCUCGGCCUUUGGCUUCGUCCGCCAGAUGGGCACCUCCAUCUCCGUCGUCAUCGGCGGCGUCGUCUUCAACAACGAGAUGCAGAAGCAGAACCCGCGCCUGCGGGAGCGCCUGGGGCCGGACCUCGCCGACAUGCUAUCCGGCUCGAGCGCCGCGUCGAGCGUCGGCGUCGUGGCGAACCUGCGCGGCGAGGAGGGGCGCAUCGCGCGCGGUGCCUACCUGACGAGCCUGCGGACCAUGUACAUCGUCUACGUCGCCUUCGCGGGGCUGGGGCUCGUCAUGAGUUUGUUCAUCAGGCAGAAGAAGCUGAGCAACAAGCACACGGAGCACAAGACGGGGCUCAAGACGCUGCGGAGCCGGACCGGUCGGUGA